GUUUGAUUCGAAUGCUCUGCUCUUGAGUUUUUUUGUGGCAAUUUCGGGUUUUUCUUUUUGUGGGAUUUCUUUUAUUUGGUACUACUGAUUGCGUUUGUUCUUCGAUUCGGCUGAUCUCUCUGUGCCAUUCAUAUUUGAUUCCUUCCAAUUAGAUUUCUAUUUGGCAUCUGCUUCUGCAAUGGAUGGAAGCUCUCCCCAGAACGCAAAAUCUCCUAUUCCUGUUGUGCCAACUAAAGCACCAGAUAAUGACCAACAUUUUCUCUUGUACUUCAUUGCCGGUAUCUAUUUUGGGCCUAACCUCAAAGGCAAACCAGCACCGAAGUCUGCUCUACAGAGACUUGCUGAGGAAUUGCCUCCCUAUACUUCUGAUCAACUUGCUGGCUCGCUCAUGAAGAUGGUGGAAGUAGAGCGCAUAUUUUAUUAUGUUUUGAGGAAGGCUGAUGAAUCUCUUAUUAUGAAGAGGUCUUUAUUGCAUCAAUUCUUCCAAGGAAAAUUUCCUGCACAAGGACGAGAUAUUAGUUCUCCUCAGUUUCCUGAUCUUUUUCCACUUGAAUUACAUCCUCAUACUCGGUCCAAGAAUUGGUAUAGAUAUAUCGAGAACCUUUUGUUUAUCAACAACCCAGAAGUCUACUACCUGAAUCCGGAAGAUGUUGAAAGGUUUAAGAGGCUAACAGGACUGGAUGACUUCUUUUUGGAUAGAGAUGCAGCCAUAUCACACAAUUCGUCAGCUCGUAAAGCUUCACUCAAUGUUGAAGCUACAGAGAAUAGAUCGAAUAAAGAGUUCUCUCCUCUUAAGGAUGAUCAGCAACAUGACUUAGUUACUUCACCUGUUCGUAGUGUUCCAUAUAAUGGUAAUUUGACACCUCCACAUACCAAUUCCGACUCUAAUCUUUUGGAGAAGAAAUUUGGUCCAGCAAUGCUAUUUCUUCCCAGACAACCAUCUGAAGAAGAUUGGGCAAAUCUAGUGGCUGCUACAAAUUCAGGAUUUGCAUUGACUGGAACUGCAGCAAUGGGACACGUUGGACCAAUAAUUGGAUCAAUGGACAUUGGGGAAUGUGAAGACUCGUACUUGUUUCGUGUGUCUCUUCCAGGCGUUAAAAGAGAUCCAUGUGGAUUUAACUGUGAAGUUGAAAAGGAUGGGAGAGUGGUGAUACAGGGAGUUACAACAACAGGUGAGAGAACAGUGAAAAAACAUUCUCAAGUGUUUGAAAUGGUAACUCACAACCUGUGUCCACCAGGAGAGUUUUCACUUUCAUUUCAACUACCUGGCCCUGUUGAUCCUCAACAUUUCUUAGCUAACUUUGACAUUGCUGGGAUUCUUGAAGGUGUUGUGAUGAAAGAUUUACAAUCAUGAAUAUUAGUAAUUUAAUUUCAUGCCUUGAUUUAAUGGAUAAUAAAUGAUAUCCAAUUUUCAAGCUCUGUAGAAGCUGAUUUAUUAGUCACUUCUGCACUGUUUCAUAUAGAAGCUGAUUUAUUAGUUUGAAUGUUGGUUUUGUAAAGGGGUUUUAUUCAAAAGCUUAAAAGCAUAUUUUAUACAA